CUUCAAAAGAGCAGAGAGAGAGCGAACCAAAUUUUUGUUAUCAUCUAUUGAGGGAAACAAAACAUAUGCAUUUUCCACUAAACAAAAGUGUUUUGCAAUUAGUUCAUAAUCAGCCCAAUCUACUGCCUGUAGCAAUAAAAUCGAUUUAAAUGCAUUUUCCGUUUCUAUCGCGGUGACGUGACGUGACACCACAACAACAACAAACACAGAGAGGAAGACCAAAACAAAGGCACGGAAAAGUUAAAACGUCAUUGGCAAACAAUAAAUUGAGAAAAAUUAAGCAACAAUAGCAGAUAGGGAGUGGGCGGACGGGUGCGUAGGUAAAUGCUGGUUGGCCUUUACGCUCACCUUUCACGCACCAUGGACAGCGUUUUCGAGGCCUACCUUGGCUCGGAGAGUGUCCUGGUUGGGGGCAGUUUCGAGCCAGAGGAUAUACCCAAAAGGAACACGGAAGUCUUUGUUUUGGGCAAGAGCUAUAAUGCCAUACAAGAACUGGACCUCAUCCGCCGAGAUAUUCAAUCACGUCUAUGGUGUACCUAUCGCCAUAGUUUUGUUCCUUUGGGCGAGGUUCAGUUAACCACAGAUAGAGGCUGGGGCUGCAUGCUACGAUGCGGCCAAAUGGUCUUAGCCCAGGCCCUAAUUGAUCUUCAUCUGGGACGCGAAUGGUACUGGACGAGUGAAUGUCGUGAUGCCACCUACCUCAAAAUUGUUAAUCGUUUUGAAGAUGCGCGAAAGAGUUAUUAUUCCCUACAUCAAAUAGCCUUAAUGGGCGAGUCCCAGAAUAAAAUGGUGGGCGAGUGGCUAGGCCCUAAUACAGUGGCCCAGAUUCUAAAAAAACUUGUAUGUUUUGAUGAUUGGUGCUCGCUGGUGAUUCACGUGGCCAUGGAUAGCACAGUGGUUCUGGAUGAUAUAUAUUCUCUUAGCCAGGAUGGUGAAUCCUGGAAGCCAUUGCUGCUUAUUAUACCAUUGCGCCUGGGUAUUACUGAUAUUAAUCCCAUCUAUGUGCCUGCAUUGAAACGCUGUUUCGAACUGGAAAGCAGCUGCGGCAUGAUUGGUGGUCGUCCAAAUCAGGCUCUUUACUUUGUAGGCUAUGUGGACGACGAGGUGUUGUACCUGGAUCCACAUACCACGCAACGUACAGGGGCAGUGGGUCAAAAAACGACCACAGCAGAGCAAGAGCUCGAUGAGACGUAUCAUCAGAAGUACGCGGCACGCCUUAAUUUCUCAGCAAUGGAUCCAUCUCUGGCUGUGUGUUUUAUAUGCAAAACUCAAAGCAGUUUUGAGUUGUUACUAAAGCAACUGAGGGAAGAGGUGCUGACUCUGAGCUCCCCCGCCUUAUUUGAGAUUAGCAAGUCGCGGGCCGUAGACUGGGAUACAACAGAGGAUAUCGAAUGGCCCACAAUGCCUGAUAUUGAUUGGCCUGCCAGCUCGGAUUCAGAAUCAUUUGCCAUAGUGGGUGAGAGUGGGGCCAGCGGCAGUGGCGUAGCCGGCAAACCAAGUGAGAGUAAACCAAGUGCCGUCAUUUGAGUGAAAGAGAGUGCAAUUCGUGUUGAGGUUCUCGGCUCUAGUUUGGCGUCUGCGCCGUGGCAAACGAAUAAGUUGAACCUAAGCGAAAACUGGAGCAAACUCUGCCCUCAGCGGAUGCUGCAAAUGCAAUAAAUUUAAGGCUAGAGUUGGGACGUAUACUUAGUUCUAACUAGUUAAGAUUAAAACAACAACAACAACAACAAAGUGUUUCCAAUUUGACGAUUCUUUAUAUGCUGCUUUAUUGUACGAGAUGAUUGACUCCACGGGAGACAAUUUUCAAACACACAUACACAAACAUACACAUGAGAAACACACACAUAAUGUUCAUGCUUUUUAUGAUCAAUACAAACUGAUUAAUGAUUAAACAUUUUUAUGCAACGUUAUACCAGAA